CUUGUGUGGGGUGAGUGAUGGGGAGAAGUUUAGUGCUGUGUUUCGCUCAAUUUUCGAAGUUAGCCGAAGAAAAACGAUAAAACAAAAGGUAUGUUCGUGUGUCAGAGAACUUCUUAGCUAAAAGAAAAGAUGUUUAACGAUAGAAAAGUAGAAAUAUGUAUAUUUUCCGGUGUCUUGAGGUGACCUGUCAGAAGUAUGGAGGACUGAAAGUUACCGCUGAAGUGACAGUUCAUUCAGUGUAGCUACCCAGAGGCACGGGGCAGAGUGGGAGGGUCUGUCGUUGUGUUACACCGCUUCACUCCCAGAAGUUGUAGCAGAGAGGAGCUAAUCAUUACAAGUGUGGAUUACUGUCAGCACCCAGGUGACGGGACCGAUGAGAUGAUACUACAACACAACAGGAGCCCUCUGCUGCUCGCCGUCACCUGCAUGUACUUCUCAGGAGGUUUGCUCUGGUCCUACCAAGAAGAGGAUGCCAGCAACGGUGAAGAGUGCUCUGAGAAUAACAUUUCUACAACUAAGUACCCCUGCGUGAAGUCGACUGGAGAAGUUACAACGUGUUACAGAAAGAAAUGUUGCAGAGGCUUCAAGUUUGUGUUGGGCCAGUGCAUUCCUGAAGACUAUGAUGUGUGUGCUGGCGCCCCCUGUGAGCAACAGUGUACUGACCAUUUUGGGCGAGUGGUGUGCACCUGUUACCCUGGCUACCGCUACGACCGUGAGCGCCACAGAAACCGAGAGAGGCCCUACUGUUUGGACAUCAACGAAUGUGAAGACGAAAACACGACUGCGUGCUCUCAGAUCUGCAUCAAUUCAGUGGGGAGCUACAGGUGUGAGUGUGAGAAAGGCUAUUUCCUGGAAGAAGAUGGAAAAACAUGCACCAAGGGGGAGAGAGUGCAUCUCUUUGAGAAGUCUGACAACGUGAUGAAUGCUGGAACUUGCUCAGCCACGUGUGACGAUUUCCACCAGAUCAGGAUGUCUGUCCUGCAGCUUAAACAGAAGAUGGCCAUGCUGUCAAACAGCGCUGAUGUCCCUGAGCAGAUGACCAGCGAGAAAAUCCUGACAUCGCCCAUAUUUUUACCAGGGCCUCCAGGUCUCCCCGGUCCCCCAGGAGAUCCAGGACCAGAGGGCCCUCCAGGUCUUCCUGGACUGUUUGGGCCCCCCGGGCCUCCUGGUCCAAGGGGCUUGAUGGGACCUAUGGGACCCACACCAGACCUGUCUCACAUCAAACGGGGCCCCAGAGGACCUGUGGGGCCUCCAGGAGCACCAGGAAAAGAUGGCCUAAAGGGGGAUAGAGGAGCUCCUGGGCCUGUCGGACCACCAGGCCCUCCAGGCUCCUUCGAUUUCCUGCUUCUGCUGAUGGCAGAUAUCCGUAACGACAUCGCAGACCUGCAGAGCAAAGUGUACGGUCGACCGCUGCACUCACCAGGGGAGGACUUUCCGGCGGUCCCUGAUACUUGGAGGGACAAUCAGGACAAUCUGGAUAUGGGCUCAGGUGAGGAGUACAAGGAAACUCCACCUCGAACAGGCGGAGGGUCCAAGAGGAACAGGAAGAGGAAACCAGCGCGAGAGAGAACGGACUUUGACUAGAGUAUUUAAAGAGGGUGGGUUUAAAUAAUGUCAGGUGUAAAUAUUGAAGUGGUUUGCCUUUUUUAUUUAAACAGAAUGUACUGUAUGCCUUUUGAUCACAGAUGUUUAUUUUUGUAUGAUAUACCAGAGUGUGUGAAUAUUUUUUAACAAAAUGGGGACUGUGCAAAUGCAUGUUUUUUAUUCUAUAUUUUCAGAAACAUAUGGUUCCUUCACAGCACAUUAAACAAGUCUCUCAUGAAAGCAGGUUUAUCUCUGUACUUUAUGACAGUAUAUUUUUCUGUUUCACACAAAGUGUAUAAGCGAUGGAGCCACCUAAUACCUACAUGAUGAACCAAUUGACAUAAUCAUAUAUUAAUUCACAAAGGGAUCAAAACAGCACGAAUGUUGGACUGCAACUCUGAUGUCGAUAAUCCUCAUCUGUGUGACACCUCAGUGUGGUUUUCAGUUGCCACGGCAGCGAAGUAAUAACAGUUAGAAAAAGAAUACUAACAUUGCCGUCUGAGUAAGCUUCAUUAGUGCACACGUGCACACAUACAAGGAAUUUACAUACACAGCUAAAAUUAAGGACAUAAAACAUGGUUACGCAUAAAUAUUGAACUAUUAUUUACAUACAAGAAGAUUAAAAAAUAGAUGCAUAUAUUAAAAGGCCUAUAUACAGUAUAUAAAGAUGUUGGAUGCUGGUGUGGAUCAUAGUUGACUGAUAGUUCUCCACCAGGGGGAGACAUGCUCAAAGCCUCUUGCACAACUCUAGGUCACUUUCACAUUAUCAAGUUAAGGCUGAA